AUGUCAUCUUGGAAUUAUUUCUUGUUGUUGUUGUUGAUUGAUUUCAAUACUACUACUACUACUACCACUACUUUUUAUCAAUGGGAUGAUGGAAUUAUUGACUCCUAUGCGGAUACUACUUACUUAACGAACGCAAUGAUGGUUCUCAUCUUGAUUCUUCUUUUACUUUUCCUUCUCUUCUUUUCUUACAUGAAAGGAGUUUCAACCACCAGCACCACUGAGGCUUCAACGACUCUAUCCUCCCCUACCAGAAGCACCAGCACCAGCACCACCACUACAGAUACCACAGAACAGACUCCAAUGAGUCGCACAACCACAUAUCCUCCUCAUCGUGAUGAUGAUCGAAUGCUUGAUGAAGAAGAAGAAUUACUCACAACCCAUACUUUAUUUGAAAGAGGUUUUACAAGCUUGUAUGCAAAAGGCAUGUUUGCAGAGGCUGCCAAAUAUUUCGAUCGGAUAUUGAAAAGGUAUCCAGAUCAUAUUGAAGCUCUCUAUCACAAAGGAGUCACACAUUAUGUGAGUGCAGACUUUAGUGAAACCAUCAGACUUGUGAAUAGAGUCCUUGAAUUGGAUCCAAAACAUCGUUGGGCUUAUGUUAUUAAGGGAAAUGCUUUCAAUGAAAGAGGUGAAUACAGGAAAGCCAUGGAAACAUUUCAAGAAUGUGUCAAAAUCACCCAUGACAAUUUUGAUGUGGUCUACAAUGCAAUGGGUAAUUGUUACUUCCUUCAAGAAGAUUUUCAAGGAUGCUUGGCAACCUACAACAAGUCCAUCUCACUUGCUUUGAACACCUUUACACUUGCUAACAUUCAUCCAAGUGAUGCCAUUUUCAGAGUUUUAGAGAAUGAUCGACAUUUGUUUCAAAUUUGUCAGAACGUCCUGGCUCAAACUGCACAGGAUGGCAUCAUUCCAUACAUUGCUCCAGAUUUCUCUAAACUCCAGCUGUCACCUGUUGAGGAGCGAUAUAAAACCAGAAUGUACGAGAGAGUUUAUCUCAUGAAAUAUACCACUGCAUGUUUGACCAUCCUCAAUAAGGGGUUGACCUUGGUGUGCAUGAACCGAUUUAUGGAAGCACUUGAUUGCUUCUUGCUGAUUAUUCAGGUUUCACAUGCGUUGAUGGGAAAGUCGAUUUUCAAAGUUGGAAAGAGACAAGAUCCCACAUGUAUGACUGAAUUGAUUGAAUUAUUGAACAAUGAGGAAUACAUGCAUGCAAAGAACAAUGGAUCUUUGGCCUAUGACAGUCGAACUUCACAUUGCAUUGCUUAUUGCGGUAUUGGGAUUGUCUGUGAAGCAUUGACUUCCAAUUUGUAUUCCAAUGAAUGUGGAAUGGGAUGUCCAUGUUCGUCAUCCUCAUCCUCAUCAUUAUGCAAAGAGUCACAAUCGACUCUCACAACAUCCACUUCCUCAUCGGAUAUUGCAGCAGAUCCCAAACAACAACAACAUCGCUCCAUGGUCUCUUCUCACAGUGGUUUUUGUCGAGGAACCUUCAAAGACAUGCUUUCGUUUAACAAGAAGAAUGCACUUUGUAGUAUGGCUGAUCUAUUUUUCGAGAGAGCAGAUCGCCUCAUUGAGGAUACUAGAAUGCGAAGAGAAGUUUUGUACUUUAAGGGAGAGGGUCUACGAAACAUUAGAGAUUACAAAAAGAGUAUUGAAUAUUACCAGAAGGGUUUAGAAAUGAAUCCAUUUGAAAUUCGAUCCAUGAUUGGAUUGGGAAGAGUAUCCAUUAAUUUACAGGAUCUCAAAACUGCUCGACUUACCUUUAAAAAGAUUCUUGACAUUACCGAUUAUGAUCAUCCUAUUGCAAUGAAAUAUUUGCAAGUGGUGAAAAUGACACCCUAUGCUCGAAAUGAUAAGGCCAAUAUUUAUUGUGACUUGAUCUUGCAAUGUCAACACUAA